GGCUUUGCGGGCUGCUCGCAGGAGCCGGUUGCCGGGGUUGGCGCGGAGCGUGCCGCCAUGACUCCGCCUGGGGUUGCCGCGUCAGUCGUUGAUUUUUGCACUUUUGGCCCAUCAUCUGUAUAUGUGAACUUGUAACGAUGUUAUCAGCUCUCCCAAAUUUACUGACAAAGAUGACAUUGUUCAUCACUGUUGGAGUCCUUGGACAGCGGUUACUGUGGAUGUUGCCACCACCACAUGAGUGAGGAACCCACUGAGCCUGUGUCCCUGCCACACCUCCAGCCUGCGGGUUCAGCUGUGUCCUGUCCUGCUGUGAUCGCCCCAGGCUCUGCCCCACCCCGGCUACAGCGGAACCUCCCCUCCCCCUUGUGGGCUUGACUGUGCCUCGACGACUAGGGUUGGUGCCCACCAUGGGCAGGUAGCAGCCCUGGUGUCCCUGCGUAUCCUGAUUGUUGCCCCAGGAGGAUGAAGAAGAUCUUUGGCUUUGGCAAGAAGAAGAAGGGGCUGCCAUCGCCUUCCAAGAGCGCUUCCCUGCCCGUGGGCUCUGGUGGCUAUGAGCUCCGCGAGCGGGACCUGGGGAAGCUACACCGUGCAGCUGCCACUGGGGACUUGGGCAAGCUCCAGCAGCUGCUGCGGAAGCAGGACCCCAACCAGCUGGACAAGGAGAACCGGACUCCUUUGCAUUUGGCAUGUGCAAAUGGACAUCUAGAUAUUGUUUCCUAUUUAAUUGAGAACAAGUGCAAGCUAAAUCUCUGUGACAACGAUAGCAGGUCACCAUUAAUGAAGGCAGUACAAUGCCAACAAGAAAAAUGUGCAACUCUGCUGCUAGAACGUGGCGCAGACCCUAAUCUUGUUGAUGCUAACUGCAACACGGCCCUUCACUUUGCUGCCUGUAUUCCUAAUAUAUCUCUAGCAAUAGAGUUACUUGAGCAUGAUGCUGAUAUUGAUGCACAAAAUAAGGAUGGGUACACACCUCUUACCCUGGCUAUAACUGAAAAUCAUCAAGGGAUGGUAGAGUUUCUUCUUCAAAAAGGAGCAGAUGUACAUGCUGUAGAUAAGUCUAAGAGGACACCUCUCAUGAUUGCUGCUUCUGGUGGAGAGCUUAGUUUAAUAAAAAUUCUGCUUGAGCAUGGUGCAGAUCUUUCCCAUAAAGAUGUAAGUGGAUGUACAGCUGAGGAUUAUGCUCAUCUUCGUGGAUAUUCUGGUCUUAGUAAGCAACUUUCUGAAUAUGCCAGAUGGAAAACUGUGGAAAAACCUUCUCCAGGCAAUACAAAAGGCAUGUCAGUGUUUAGCAGUCCAGACAGAUUUGGAGAUCUUGGUUAUGCUCUGGGUGCACCUGCCACAGAUAAAGAAGAAAUGCAGCAAUCUCCCAACCAGACAUCAAGAACAAGAGAUUCAGGGAAAGUUAUAGAUGACCUUUCCCAAGGAGACUCAAUAAGAAGUUCUGAAAAAGGUGAAGGUGAUGACAGCUGGCUUUCUUCAGAAGAAGAAGAAUUAGAUUUUACCCCCAAGAAACAGCAGAAACCAAACUUGAGUCUGCUAUUGAGUGCUUCCCAGAAAUUCAAGGAAAACAUAGAUGAGAAAAGUAGCAUUAUGAGAACAAAGCAUGUAGCCAUUUCACUGCAAAAUAAAUCAGAUUGUGAAGCUGAAGAGAUCACUGAAUCCCCUCCUAAGCCUUUGUCCCAAGUCAAGUCCUUCCCUCAUCCCAUCCAUCCCUCACCCGGCUCCUUUUCAAAACGUUCCCAGAUGGCUCCUCCUCUUCUGGACUUCACACAGGAAGAAUCAUCAGAGGAGGAGGAAGAUGAUGAAGAGCAACUGCAAGCUUCAAAUGUGGAUAAAAAAUUGAUUAAUGUUAACCCUGAAGUACAGAAUCCCUCAGAAAAUGUGUCUGUUAGGAAAAAUAUGAUGUCAGCAUUAGGAUUAGAAGAGGAGGAAGAUACAGAAUCACCCUGGGAUUCAGAGUGUGCCUCUGAAAGCCCAAGAAAACCAUCAGCUGGUUUGUUGGCUUUACCUGCAUUCAUACCUGAAACACACAUGCAGAGUAUUUCAGAGGAACCAAACAAAGAUUUUUCAGAGAAACACAGUGAUUCACAGCAAAAGUCCACUCGAGAAAUCAUAGAGACAAAUGACAGCUCUUACCCCACAAAAGUGAGGGAGACUGGGGAGAGGCAAAAAUCAGAUUUAAUGGAAGAAUUUGGUUUAGAUGAUGCAGAUGAUAUUGAAGAUGCAUCAGACUGGGAUUCUACCAGUGUUUCACUUAAAAAUUUACCCAAUAAUAGAAGUUCCAAGGUCAUGACAGUUGGGAAUCAUUCAUCUCCAUUGUCAGCACUGACAGCAAAAAAUGAUGCAGCAGGAACAGAUUGCAGAAUUACUCCUCCAAAAUUAGAAGAAAUAUCAAAUGAUCAAACUGAGGCUUCUCCCCGAAAUACCAGUUUACACCUUGUCCAAAAGCUAGUAACUCCAAAGAGCAAAGAUGAAUUGCCAGAACCUGCUGUUAACGUGUCUCUGCCAGACAAAAAGGGGCUCAAAGAUGCAGGUGAAAAUUGUGAGAAGCGGGAUAAAUAUAUAUUAGACACAACCAACUUGAUAGAAAAAACAGCACAUGAAAAUCAGACUGACAAAGCAGAGAUUUCACUUUCACAUCAGAAAACACUGGAACAAAAUGAAAAAUCAAACAGUGAGCUUGUGCAAGUGAAUCCAAAACUUUGGGAGCAAAGAUACGAAAAAAUGUGGAUUGAAAAUGAAAAAAGGGAUUUGAAAACAAAUUUUAAAAACAUUACAGCAGAGUUAAAGCAGAUGUUUGGUGAAAUUAAUGAAACUGAGAAAACAACUACACCUACAGAGGGGACAUCAGAAGAUGGCUUCAGUGAAGAACUGGAGAGUAUUCAAGAAGCUCCACUUAAACUGACAAAACCCACCAAUCACACAAAAAGAAAAGGUGAAUUUGGAGAUUUGCAGUCUGUACUUGAACAAAAGGAAUCCAGCUAUGAAAACUUAAUUCCAAAGUCUCCUGAUCAGUAUGUUUUCAAGGCAAGCUGCGAACCUAUUUGGAACGUAAAUGAAGAAAGUUGUACUAAAGAUGAAGUAAGUACAAAAAUAGCAGAAACUAAAGAGGUGGAAGACCAAGUGUCUGACACACAAAUAAAAAGAAAUGCAGAUGGAAAUACAAUUUUAGAGAGAAACGUUGAUUAUUCACAAAAGUACAUUUUGGAAGAAGGAACUUUUCUCCAAAAUGCUCAAACUCUUGAUAUCUUAAGACCUGUUUCUACAGAUGAUAAAAAUAAGCUAUCUGGUAUAGUGAAGAGGAAUAUUGAAAAAGACUUAUCCCAGUUCAAUGACAAUGUCCCCAAAGACUGCUUUGUCAGUAAUCCUAAAAUUAGCAAAACAGAAAUUGAAAAUAAUUUGAAAACCUCUCAACAAUCUUGUGAUGACACGUUGAAAAGGCAGCUGGAUGAAGAACUGGAGCAAGAUAUGGAAAGAUUUAAGAAUGAGGUAGGAAUGCUACAAAUAGUAUUCCUGGCUUUGGAGAAAGAGAAGGUACAACUACAAAAAGAGGUUGCAGAGGAAAAGAGAAAGCAGAAGUAUGAAGAAAUGGAAACAGUGGAGAAAAAAGAUGAUGUUGAUAAACCAAACAUAUCAAAUUUGACUGGAAGCACUGUUAAUCUGCAGAUGAAACAGAAGGUGGUUGUAAAGGGCAAUGAGCCUUUUAAAAAAGAAAAUGAAGAAACCAUAGAUGAAGAAAAACUAAAAAUGGUCCUUUCGUCCAAGGAGAGAGCAACAUUAAAUCAAAUAUCAUUGAAGAGCAGUAAGCCUGCCUUGACUAUGAAAGACCUAAAGAAAAGUAAAAACAAAAAGCGGAUUUCAAAGCAAAGAGCUAAUCAGCAGAUGAAUUCUACUAGUGGAAGCCAGUUUGAUGAUAGCACUUUGAGUGAAACUUCUCAGGAUGAAGGAAGACCCGGAACCAAAUCAGUGAAUGAGAAGAAUAUGAUCACAUCCAGGGAUGUUGCAGAUGAUUUAGAUGAUUUAACUCAGUCUUCCGACACGCCUACUGAGGACCUAGAGUUGCCUACUACAACCUACAAAGAAGCAAUGUUGCUGAUAGAACAGCUUACUGUGGACAGUAAAGAUUCUGUUAUUCUCUUGAAAAUUCAGAACAUACUUCAUGGAUAUGAACGAUUAAUAGAACGUGAAAAGGGUCGCUAUACCCAGCUCUUGGGAAAAGUAAGAAAACUUGAGAAUGAAAAGAAAGAACUACAGUUAAUAUUGGAAGAGACCAGAGAAUUGAAAUCCAGACUGGAUCACCAGAAAAUGGAAUGGGAAAGUGAUGUCAGCAGUCUCAAGUUUACUCUGAAACAAGAAGAAGAAAAGAGGAUGAGUUCAGAAAUUCUGUAUGAAAAAAACAGAGAACAGCUAAGAAAGAAAGAGGAUCAAUACUGUAAAGAGAUGGAGGAGAAACAACAACUUGAGCUAACCCUCAGGGGUCUAGAAAUGGAGUUAAGAACAUUGAAAAAUCACCUUAAACAGGUUGAAGGAGAACGUAAUGAAACACAGAAACAACUCUCUCAAGAAAAAAGUGCCAGAGCUCUUCAAGAAGGUAUUUUAAACAACCACCUUUGGAGGCAGAAGGAAAUAGAAGAGGAAACUAGAAUAACUAUAGCUAAGAGUGCAGAAAUACCUGAUAAUCAUGACAGAGAAAAGGAUUUGUUACACAAAAAUCAGAUACUGCAAGAUGAAAUUGCUAUUCUAAGAAUAGAACUUGAUCAGAUAAGAAUUCGGCACCAGGAGGAAGAAACUAAAUAUUUGGAAGAAAAUGAAGCCUUGAAAGAAAAAAAUGAAGAUCUUAAAAAGGAACUAAAACUAAAUGAGGAAGCUCUAACACAGACGGUUUUUCAGUACAAUGGACAGUUGAACGUAUUAAAGACAGAAUCUACAAUGCUAACUUCCAAAAUAGAGCAGACAAAAGAAAACAAAGACAGGCUGGAAAUAGAGCUUGAAUCAUUUCGUUCUCGUUUGAAUUCUGCUGUUCAAGAACUUGAACGCUGUCAGGCAUCAAAAAGCGAUGUUGAAAGGACAUUGCAAAGAGAGCGUGAUGAGUGGCUUCGUUUACAAGACAAGCUUAGUCAUGACCUCUCAAAUCUACGAGAGACCAACAAUAGCUUGUCUCAGCAGCUUAGUAAGGCUGAAACCAAAAUUAAUGGUUUAGAAAAUGAACUUCAUCAAGUAAUGCAAACUGUUAGAGAAAAAACCUUGCUUUUAGAGAGCACUCAAAGAGAACUAAACCAGGCACAGUGUCAGGCAAAGGAACAUGAUCAUGCUCGACAAAUGGAUAAAGAUCAAAUAAACAAGUAUUUUGUAAAACAGGAAUCAAUGCAAGAACGAUUGGCUCAGCUCCAAAGUGAAAACCUUUUACUCCGGCAGCAACUGGAAGAUAUGCAAAAUAAAGGGAUUAUUAAAGAGAAAGUAGUGAGUGAUGUCCAAGACAGAUUUAAUGAUAUUUUCAAUAAGCUUAGAGCUGAUACAGAAAAACAAAUUCAUAUGGUAGAAGAAAGAAAUAAGGAAUUAAUCACUAAAUGCAAUACUUUAAGAGAUCAAGUCUUUAAAUAUGAAACUGAGAAAGUUGAAAGAGAGGGGAUGGUAAGACAACUGCAGCAAGAACUUGCUGAUGCUCUUAAAAAACAGUCAAUGUCAGAAGCUUCAUUGGAGGUUACAACACGUUAUCGAAACGACUUGGAAGAGGACAAAAUGCACUUGCAAAAAGAAAUAGACAGGAUUAAAUCCAAGCUGCAAGAAUCAGAAGAACAGUAUAUUCAAUCUGAGCGACAUGUUCAUGAUUUGAAAAAUGCAUUGGACAGCAAGGAACGGGAAGUGAUUGCUUCUUCUCAGAAACUGGAGGACCUUUUAGUAGCAUCAUCUGGAACAAAGAAUGCUAUAAAACAACUGGAAGAACAUGUACAACGACUUGAAAUUGAAAAUGCCAGAUUGGAAGCUACAACUAAACAGCAAACAAUCAGAAUUGAAGUACUUCAGAAAGACCUGCAGGAAUCUGUCUCAGUCCAAAAGCAAAACAUGCUUUCAAUGACAGCACAAGAUACACGUAAUAUGUGGGAGGAGGAACUUCAAUCAAGAUCCAGACUUGGAGUUCGACUUUCUCAGCUUGACAGGGAAAAGGCUGAGAUAUUGGAGCAGCUUGAAAGUGAAAGGAAAAAAGUGAAGAAGCUAUUGGAGAUAAAACGAUCGGUGGAAGCCCGGCUGGAUCAAGAGAUGAAAAGAAAUGGUGAACUGCAAAAAGAGUGUUACGGAAUCAAGAAACUUCUAAAAACAGCUAAGAAGAAAUUAAAAGAAUAUGAGAGCAAAGAAAGUGAGUUGCAGUUUAGUUUCCAAGGAGAAUUGAAGAACAAAUAUUCUGAAAUGGAUGGUGAAGUUAGUAGAUUAAAAACAAAGAUAGAUGAACUAUCCCAGCAGCUGAAAACAGAGUCAAAAAAAUCUACACAGUUAGAAUCUGCAAAUCAUGAUUUGCGAGAACAGUUGUCUUCUAUGAAGAUACUACAUAAGAAUCAUGAAAAGCUGGAAAAGAAUAAAUGGCAGUUGGAAGAAGAAGUUGCUAACCUCAAACGCCAUGUAGAAACGAAUAUGAUGGACCACAAUCAAAUAGAACACUAUAAAAGAGAGAUUGAAGAACGAGCCAGACAAGAAAUAAGACAAAAACUAGAAGAAGUAAAUUUAUUUUUGCAGACACAGGCAGCCUCCCAAGAGACAUUAGAACAAAUAAGAACUACUAAUAAUGCUUCUCUGAGAAACCAACUGGAGCACAGAAUGAGAGAUCUGGAAUCUGAACUUGCUAGAAUAAAAAACACUCAGCAAGACAGCAUUUUGCAAAAGGAGUCCACCCAGACAGAAUUGGAAAGGUACAAAGACCUGUAUAUGGAGGAAUUAAAAAUUAGAAAAUCCUUGGCAAGUAAAUUAGAAAGAGCUAAUGACAGGCUAGCAGAGGCCAAUGCUAAACUCCUCCAUGAGCGUCACAAGAGCAAAUCUUUAAUUGCCAACAGCAUUGUAAAUGGAAGUCUGACUGCAAGUCCAGUUCUGGAUACAGCUCAGCUUGGAAAUCUCGGCAACAAUUUAGCACUAAAUAGAAGUCUUGGUCUUGGAGGAAGCUUUAUAAAUCCAGCUGGAAAUGCAUUAUCUUCAAAAAACAGAGUGGAAGCUUAUCUGGCUAAGAUGCAGCAGGAACUGGAAAAAAAUAUCAGUAAAGAACUUGACCAAGCCAAUGCUGAACUCGAAGCUGGAUCUGUAAGAGUCUCUCCUGUGGGAUCUACUGAUGGAUCUUCAAAAAACCUAAAUGUAGAUCAGGAUCCAGUUUCCAGGGCAACCCAGCAGUAUCUAGAUGUGUUAAAGAAAAAUUAUAUGAUUUGAAUAAAACACUAAUGCAAGUUUGUGAAAAUGACUUUGUUUACAUAACACUUUAAUGGUUUUCCAUUAAGUGGUACAGCUGUGAAAACCUUCAUUACAAUUUAAAUACGAGUUAUAAAUGUAUUACAUGACUAUCAGGCACGUUGCACUUGUCUUCAACACUGCAUAAAUGUAUAGUUUCUUUUACAUUUAUUAUGAAAAGCCAUACCUGGUUUCAGUUGUAACUAGCAUAGCAAAAUCAGACCAGUGUUUUGAGUUUCACAGAACUGCAAAAAUAUUAGGUACAUGGACAUGUGAACAGUUUAUCAUUGGGCAAAAGCCAUCAGGGCUUUACCAUGUGUCAGCUCCUCUACACUAACUCCCUAUGUAUAUGUGCUUACCUCAUAAUAAGAGGAAGAUGGAUAAAACAUAGUUCUCAAAGAAAGAGGGAUAAGUUGAUGCAGUAGGUAAAAAUGAACUGCAACUGCAGGCUUACUGUUUACCUUUCACUUAUGGUAAAGCCCUACCCUUUUGCCUUGUAAUACACUUGAAGGUACAUUUGUAUGUCCAUUCCCUGAGUUGUAAGAAAACAUGUAUUGAGUUUUGUCAUAUUCAUACUGCGAUGUAUUUUAACCAAAGCAUUCCCUGAAAUCUGUUUUCCAUUCUACAUAUAUUUAAUGUUUCUCUUAAUCUUGUCUUUAGUGGCUGUUAGCAGAUAUCUGAUGCAUCUGUUUCAUUCCCUGUUCUUCAGUCUUAACAUAGGAAAACUCCUAAGGAUUCAUGGAAAUUUUAUCUAUAUUAAAGCUGGAGAAUUAGACAAUUUGCAUUACUGUCAUGUUUAUACCAGUUAAUAUAUAAUAGUGCCAAGAAAUUUGUAGUGUGUGUUUUAUAUGGUACAUGAACUUAUCAGUACAACACAGUUACUUUUUAAUUAAAUGAUACUGCAACUCAGGGCAGUCUGAGUUGCUAGAUCACCAUUAUUUCAUGUUUACCACUCUUUUCUAUAGAUUAAUAGAGUAAUUAAUAUAUAUUGUGUUGUGCCUACCUCUAGGUUUCUCAAUGUUUUCCAGAGCUGGUGCAAUAAGAUGAGCAGAGUUUUUCAUUAUUACCAAAAUCAUAUUACAUUCUGGGUUUGUCUGACAGCACAGGAAAGCUGUCAGACCAUGUUCUCUCUCACAUGGCUUAUAGGCUCUGCCUGGUUUCAUUACAGCAGCAGCUGCCAGCAAGGUAUGCAGUGUAUCCUGGGAGGCACAGUUUGUUAAGGAGGCCAUAGCUCCCAAUAGUUGGCAAGGACACUACAUGCAGUCUCUGGCAGCUUUCCUGUGACAACAGAAACCUUCUGUCACUUGCAGACCAGAGCAUGCAUUCCUCUGGUCUCCAAUAACCUGCUCAGAACAGAGAUUCUGCCACAGUAGGGAAGCUGGAAAUGUGGGUUUACCUGUGGUUUUACCAGGAGAAUGUGACUUCUGCUGGCAAAACUAUGUAGUAUAAACCAAGCCCUCAGUUCUAAGCCUGGUAAGCCAGUCUUACCAGAAUCCCUGCUUCAGUGACCCAAGCUGUUUUAUUUAUAUCAGACAAUUAUAUGCUGUUGCGGAAAACCGUUUAAAAACUAUUGCAUGUCUUUUUAAAAGUCUCUAAUGUUAUUGUCAAAAGAUUCUGAAAUGGAGAGGAAUAGGACUCGAACAGCUUGCCCUCCCCUUAAAAGUCCAAGAACUAAGCUAACUCACCAUGGUGAAAAUCUGUGCCACCAUGUAUCUCCACCACUUUUUAAGGAAUAAAGCAGUUUUGUAUAGUCGGUGUACUGUAUUGAAUUGUAAAAAAUAAAAAAUGCAACUUUCUAUUUAAUAAAUUUUAAAAUGGAAUGUGUA